AUAUAACCAAAAUAUGACCCUUUUUCAUGUAUAAUAUGAGCUCUUAAAGCCAAUGAAAUCCUGAUGAUCCCACCAAAAAAGCAUUUAAAUAUAAUGAUGUAUGCUCAAUGCACUGUAAUCUAUGAAGUUUGUCCUGUAAGAGAUGCCCAGUAUAGUUCACACUGCACACCUGUGAUGUGUUCUUUGACUCAGCAAAUAUAUCAUCCAGCUUAAUAGAAAAGAAAUGCAUGUCCAGAACUCUCUACCUGUCCAAUCACAUCAUUGCAGUGUGCUUUUAUGCAGACAUUUUAAACAUGCUCGUCUGUCUUCUUUCUUGUGUCUCUUUCCGUUCCUCCUUGCACCCGUCGUUCCUCCAUAUGGUUGGAUGUAGAGCUGACUGUGCAGAGCGCUGUGUUCGUGUGAUGUAAGGGGGAGGGACCCUGCGUUUAACGCAUCUACCGUGUUCCUCGGUCUCUAUUCACGGGCAUUGUCUCGGGAGACUCGCUUCAGUCUCUCUCUCCUUCCCAUCCGCCCCCUCUCACGCACUCAGGCAUACAGGCACACACAUUGACAGGGAAGCGUGGAGGAUAAACCCACUCACCAUUCCCGUCUCAUCUCCCCCUCCCUCCUUUUCUCUCUUGCCGUCGUCGUUCCUGACGCUCGGCGGAGGGAAUCUGGCUGCACCACCCAACUCUUCAUCAGCCUCGCCGAGCAGGAAUCACUGCAUCAGGCAUCGGCAGAGAGCUCCUGUAAGGUGAGAGACAGACGUGCUGGUUAACAGGAGAGAAAGAGAGAGCGAGAGACCCCCUCUUCAGCCUGGCCAAACCCCCGGUGUCCCGUUCCCCAUGUAUCCCGAAUCGACCACAGACUCUCCUGCCCGGCUCUCUCUCAGACAGACCGGCUCUCCGGGCAUGGUCUACAGUGCGAGAUACGGGAGCCCAAAACGCCAGCUGCAGUUUUACAGAAACCUGGGGAAGUCUGGCCUGAGAGUCUCAUGUCUUGGAUUAGGAACUUGGGUGACGUUUGGAGGACAGAUCACGGAUGAGAUGGCAGAGCAGCUGAUGACUCUGGCGUACGAGAACGGGAUCAAUCUGUUCGACACGGCAGAGGUCUACGCUGCAGGAAAGGCGGAGGUGGUGCUGGGCAACGUCAUAAAGAAGAAAGGAUGGAGACGCUCCAGUUUAGUCAUCACAACCAAAAUAUUUUGGGGUGGAAAAGCAGAGACGGAGAGAGGAUUGUCAAGAAAACACAUUAUAGAAGGUUUAAAGGCGUCGUUGGAGAGAUUGCAGUUAGAAUAUGUGGACGUAGUGUUUGCAAACAGACCUGACCCCAACACACCCAUGGAAGAAACGGUGCGGGCGAUGACCCAUGUGAUCAAUCAGGGAAUGGCGAUGUACUGGGGAACGUCACGCUGGAGUCCGAUGGAAAUCAUGGAAGCAUAUUCAGUGGCCCGACAGUUCAACCAGAUCCCACCAAUCUGUGAGCAGUCGGAGUAUCACAUGUUCCAGAGAGAGAAAGUGGAGGUGCAGCUCCCUGAGCUCUUCCAUAAGAUCGGUGUGGGUGCGAUGACAUGGUCCCCGCUGGCCUGUGGGAUAAUCUCAGGGAAAUAUGACAGCGGGGUGCCGCCGUACUCACGUGCCUCACUAAAGGGCUACCAGUGGUUGAAGGACAAGAUCUUGAGCGAGGAGGGCCGACGCCAGCAGGCGAAGCUGAAAGAGCUGCAGGCAAUCGCUGAGCGGCUGGGCUGCACACUGCCACAGCUAGCCAUCGCGUGGUGCCUGAGGAAUGAAGGUGUGAGCUCUGUGCUGCUCGGAGCCUCCAACACGGACCAGCUGAUGGAGAAUAUUGGAGCAAUACAGGUUCUUCCAAAGUUAUCGUCCUCCAUCGUGCACGAGGUGGACAGUAUCCUGGGCAACAAACCCUACAGUAAAAAGGACUACCGCUCCUAGUGUGUAUCCGGACGGGACCGGACGCUCCGCACACACCUUUGCCUGAUCCUCCGUUCGCUUCAGCUUUUACUGAAUGAGUUCCGGCAGCAUGAGACGGGCAAGCACCCACAAACCCCGGAGAGCAAGACUUUUACAACACCAAGGGCAAGAAACACACAAAAACAAACUUUCAAAAAAGACACAUUCACUGACCGAGGCGGUGGAAAAUGCAAAGGCAUCGAAGAUACGGAUUGAUCUGCAGAUAAGGUACUUUAAGAUGGCAUCAUUAGGGUAAUUAAGAACAAACAUUUUCAAAAAAAAAAAAAGAUGCUUAAAAUAAUAACAUGCUUGCUUGGUUGCUGGAAAUAUUUGUUUCUUUCUUUUUAUUUUUUUAAUAUUGAAUGCGUGGCUGAAGCUGAAAUACAGUAGACUCCACAUGAUUCACAGCCACUAAUGUGAUCCAUUUGGGUUUGCGUACAUCGUUCACAUCAGCGCACCCACAAAAAUCUUCACUGUGUCGUUCGUCUGCGUUUCGUAUGCACACGCCCCCUUUCGCAGGCAAACCAAUCAGCACUUUAUGACAACAUCAGAGGGAGUGGCUUUGUGGGAACGGAUUUGAAUGCAGCUCAGAAAAAUAAUCAACGGCGUAUUGUGCACAGGGCAUCUUCUCUAUCUAGCCUCAAAAAGCGACCCUGGCUCCUCAUUCGUCAUUGCUUUGCUAUCAGGGGGACAUUUCUCGGACAUUGUGUUUUUAGAUGGGCAGCUGUCUGUGUUUUUGCUGAAGAUUGCUGGAAACUGAUGGUCUUCCUGCGCCGACGCUCACAUUUAGUGGACUGAAAUUGCAGUUAUUCACGCUAGUUUGGUAGAUUUUAAGUGUAGGUUGAACUUACUAAUGGGAUACGCAUGCUUCAUAAGUAUUUAAUGCGAUUAAUGCUCAUUUUUAAGGCUGUUAGAAACGUCACCAUUGUGUUCUGAUCAUAUUUCACCUCAAAAUCAAUAUACUAAUAUAAGAUGCACAAAAUUAUUUGACUUGUUUUUAGAUAUUUUAAUAAUGAUUAAGCACAUUUGCAUACAAACUGUAGCUUUAAUAUUGAAUGGGGGAAUGUAAUGCUGAUUUUAAAAAGGAUGCAUUACAGCGAUUUGAUUUAAUAAAAAAAUCAUAAGGCAAGAUAAAUGAAAUUAUAUUACUUUUCUUAGGAUCUUAGGAGUAUUGUUUAAUACAAUAUAUAUAUAUAUAUAUAUAUAUAAUAUAUGCGUUAUAG